AGCUUAAAUGGUCUCUCUCCAGUUUCCUGUGGAUUUACUUGAAGACAUGCAGGCAUAAAAUAAGACAGUUUAAAGCAAAGUAAUGUUUAGAGCAGUGUUUGGAAACAAGAAGGAGGGUGGAAAACGAGGAGGAAAAAAGAACCAGAGACAUGCAGGUUGUGAGGUACACACCCCCAGCACCCUGCAGAGGGGCAGUGGCCAUGCUACUAACCUUCACGACCAGGACAGCGGCCACAGUGACAGCCCAAUGAAACUGAUGAAACUGACCAAGGGCAUGUCAAUUUCUUUACCAUCUUCCCCUCUUCUCCCUCGUCAGUCUGACAUAGUCCCCUCUCAGUCGUGCAUCAAGUUUCCAGGACGGGUAAGGAAGCUGGAGUAUGUGGAUGGCUCUUCCAGUGCGAGAGAACCUCUUGUCUUUGCCUCGUGCCGUGGCAAGACAGACCAGAGAGACCUCCACGUGGAGCCCCACCUUGGCUCCUCCCUUUCUACCCAGGAACUGAUGACCAGACUAUGCUUCUUAUUGGGAGAAGCAACGGCCGGCACUGCUAGUUCUCCAAUGGAGGACCGGAGGGAAAAGAAGGGGGGGAGUCCCAGCUCCACUCUGACCUGCAGCACCGCAUCCCCUUGUUCAGAGAGCCCCACAUCCACCCUGAGCAUCAGUGCUGGAAGCCAGUCCUUGCCCCAGCCUUUACCACUAUCUUCAUCUCACUGUGGCUCCAGCACCAGCCCCAGUGGAACCCUGUCCAGCCCUGCACGUAGCCCCGCCCCUUGUCCUGCAACUGGAUUAAUCUCUGGGAGCAGUCCUGGGCCUCCAUCGCAAAGCCCCACCUCAACCUUGGAGAGCAAGGAUAGUGGCAUUAUAGCAACCAUCACUAGUUCUUCUGAAAAUGAGGAGCGCAGCACUUCCAGUGAGGUUCUCACAAAGGAGGAGGGUCCAGAGGGCGGUGCUGGCAUCAUGGGCCAUGCAGAUGAAGACCGCCAUUCCAGGCCAACUGGAGACAAUCUGACAGCCCGACAUGAGGAGGUUUUACCUAGAACUGAGAUCAUGGAGCCCAGGACUCCACCAGCACCAAAAAGACCCCUCCCACAGCACCAUAUACACAGCACUUCCUCACUUGUAAUGACCCGUCCCAAUUCUGUGGCAGCAACAAGCUCCACUCGACUGGAGGAUUUAAGUUAUCUGGACUACCAAAGGCCUACUGGGCACCGGAGCUCUGUUCGCAAACACAGCACAGCUGGACGUACAAGUGAUGACUCCAAAGGGAGAUUGGUGCCAUUCAAACAAGCUGACAUCAUGCUAAAACCGCUGCUAUUUGAAGUCCCUGGCGUCACCACAGAAACGCCUUUUGUUGGACGGGAUUGGCUUUUCACACGUCUGGAAGAGGUCCUGAAAAAAACAAGUAGCUGUGAGGGGCGAGGUGCUGUCAUUGUGGGCAAUGCAGGAUCCGGCAAGACUGCCAUCAUGUGGCGGCUGGUAACGCUCAGCUGUCACGGCAUACGCACACCGCAAGGAGGUCCCAGCAUCCCUCAUAGCCCCAGCUCCUCCCCUAAAUGUGUGGACAGGCAGGGAAAAGCAGCUUCUAAACAGCAAGCUGAUUCCCAGCCCAACCAGAGCUCAGCUGCAGGAACGAGCGACACUUCAGCACAGAAGAAAGAGGCUGUAAGAUGCCUAGCUGCCAAGGUGAUAGCCUACCAUUUUUGCCAGGCUGACAACACUUACACCUGCCUUGUACCGGAGUUUGUCCACAGUGUCGCCGCCCUGCUGGCCAGAGCACCUCAGCUCACCCCAUACAGGGAGCUGCUGGCACAAGAACCUCACCUACAAAACACACUCAGCUUGCGUUCUUGCGUUCAAGAUCCCAUCGCUGCCUUCCGAAAGGGCAUCCUUGAGCCUAUUGCCAGCUUGCGCAAGGAGCGAAAGCUACCGGAAGAAGACUACAUCAUAUUGGUUGACAGCCUUAAUGAAGCAGAGUUCCAUAAACCAGACUAUGGAGACACAAUAGCCACCUUCAUCACCAAAAUAAUCUCCAAAUUUCCAAUGUGGCUAAAACUGGUGGUCACAGUGAGGACAGGCCUGGUGGAAAUCACCACCCUUCUUCCUUUCGCUGGCAUUUCUCUGGACAUCCUGCCAGACAGCAGUGAUUUGGGAGCUGACCUGAGUGAUUACAUUCAUCACAGGGUUAGCAGCAGCAGCCAGGUUGCAGCUAAUGUCACCACACCAACAGGCUCUGCUCCUGAUCCUCUGCUCCUCAGCAAGUUCAGCAGCCACCUGUCAACACGGAGCCACGGCUCUAUCCUCUACCUUCAGCUGACUCUGGAUCUGUUCCAUAAAGGUCAUCUAGCACUAAAAGGAGGAAACUAUUUGGUUGUACCUGUCUCACUGUCAGAGGUGUACCUGCUGAUGUGUCGUGUGAACUUUCCGGAUAAGGACGUCUUUGACCGGGUACUUCCAGUGCUAAAUGUGGCACUGGCGUCUCUGCACCCACUGACUGAUGAACAAAUGUUCAGGGCACUGAAUGCAGGCAGUGUGAAGGGGGAGCUGGAGUGGAAGGACUUCCAGCAGAGAUUAGACAGUCUGGCUGGAUUCAUGGUUAGACGCAGGGAUAGCACAAGGAUGCUGUGUCAUCCCUCCUUCAGGGAGUGGCUGGUUUGGAGAGCUGAUGGAGAAAGCUCUGACUUUCUCUGUGACCCAAGGAGUGGCCAUGCUCUGCUUGCAUUCAUGUUCUCGAGACAGGAGGGAAAGCUGAACCGCCAGCAGACAAUGGAACUAGGACACCACAUCCUCAAGGCUCACAUUUUCAAGGGUCUGAGUAAGAAGACUGGUGUGUCCUCCAGCGUUCUCCAGGCCAUGUGGGUAAACUGCAGCACAGACAGUCUGUCCGCUGCACUGGCCUCCCUGAGGAAUCUGUAUACACCUAACAUCAAGGUAAGUCGGCUGUUGAUGCUUGGUGGUGCGAAUGUGAACUGGUGCACAGAGGUGAUAGGGCGCGCUCCCAUCCUGGCUGUCCAUGCCCACCUGGGGCACUCAGAGAUGGUAGCUCUGCUGCUUGAAAUGGGCGCUCCUAUAGAUGGGACCACUGAAAGUGGCAUGACCCCCCUCUGUCUAGCUGCUGCAGCGGGACACACUGACAUCGUCAGCCUGCUCUGCAAGAAAGGAGCUAAGGUGGGCCAUGCUGAUAAGAGUGGCCAGUGUGCGCUGGUCCAUGCUGGGCUGAAGGGCCAUGCAGAAAUAGUCAACAUCUUGCUGGGCCAAGACUGGGGAGCCGACAUUCCCUCAGACAUCCCUCAGCAGCAUCAAAGCAAUGAAACUGUGACUGGGAAAACACAGGCAGCUCAGCAGGCGGUCACUGCUGCAGCCAGUGUGGGACACACACAGGUGGUGAAAAGCCUGCUGGACUUGAAAGAUGAACAGCUGGCAGUGCAGAUGGACACUCACGACUCACUCUGGGGAGAAACGGUGCUGAGCGCGGCAGCUGGGAGAGGGAGGUUGGAGAUGUGUGCGUUCCUCCUGGAACGGGGGGCAGGGCUGGAGAUACCAAACCGCAGGGGAAUGGUCUCACUGCUUAGUGCCACCAAACAUGGACACACACAGGUUGCAGAGCUACUCCUUAAACAAGGUGCAGAUAUCAAUGUGAGUGACAAACAGUGUCGUACAGCACUGAUGCUAGCUGCCUCUGAGGGCCACACCAACACUGUUGAGCUCCUGCUGUCAAAGGGUGCCUCUCUGUCCUCUGCUGAUCAGGAGGGGCUGACUGCACUUAGCUGGGCCUGCAUGAAGGGUCAGAAAAGCGUGGUGCAGCUUCUGGUGGAGGCAGGAGCAGACUUGAACCAACCAGACAAACAGGGGCGGACUCCGCUUGACCUCGCUGCCCUUAAUGGGGAUGCAGAUAUGGUGCAUAGCCUAGUGGAGCAUGGAGCGGUGCUGGAGAGAGCAGACAACAACGGUACCAGAGGUUCAGAACGAGUAGCUGGAUGCCAGAACCCGGCCCUGGUGGCUUCACUGCUUAAGAAAGGAUCCAAGAUGGGCUACAGAGCGGCUCCACACGAUCGAUCAGGUCAUGCUACGUGGGCAAUGGCCUCCUCCAAACCUGACAUUCUCCUCAUCCUGCUGCAGAAGCUAAUGGAGGAAGGGAACAUUCUUUAUAAGAAGGGGCGUAUGAAGGAGGCAGGUCAGCGGUACCAGUAUGCCCUGAGGAAGCUUCCUCGAGAGGGGCAAGGAGAUGAGCUGAAAGGACUAAAAGAACUCAGAGUCUCCCUUUAUCUAAACCUUUCCCGCUGCCGCAGGAAAACCAAUGAUUUUGGUAUAGCAGAGGAGUUUGCAACAAAAGCCUUGGAACUCAAACCCAGGUCUUAUGAAGCCUUUUAUGCCAGAGCACGAGCCAAGAGGAGUAGCAGGCAGUUUGCUGCAGCGCUGGCAGACCUCCACGAAGCAGCACGACUCUGCCCGUCCAACCGGGAGAUCCGCCGCCUACUGGUACGAGUAGAGGAGGAAUGCAAACAUCAUCAGAAGAUAUCCGGCAAUAGCAUGACACAGGGUUAUAACAGGGACCCUCACACCCACCACCAUCAACUCACAGAGGAGGAAACAGACGUUUAUUCCCAGGGAAGUCUGGAGAGGCAAGUCCCAGCAGAGCAGGCUAAUGCAGAAAGAGAGGAAGAAAAAGAGGAAGGUGAUGAGGUGGGUCUGCAUUGCGGGAAAAGUCCAGAGUUUUGGCCUCUAAAUCCCUACGGGCCGAACAGGACUCUCCCUGGAGGUGUGGGCUUUGGUUUAGCAGAUCAGUCACUAUGUUUCCCUCCAGAAGAAUAUGUACAGAACCAGCUGUUUGUGGACAUGCCCGAGUCUGUUCCUGUCAUCAACAGACAGACCCAGAACCAGAGCAUCAGGACUCAUCACCACUGUCACUCCCUCCAAUCAGGCGGCAGAGUCGGGAUCAGGCCACUGUCCCUGUGUGGCCCCUCCAGUCCUCUGCCAGGCAGACACAUCUCCACCUCCUUGAGGCCGGCACCAGUGGCGGGGAUUGACAUCGGACCUGGAUCAGCCAGUGAACACUCUGGACUCAGCCCCACUGAGCAUUAUCACCCCAUGUCCCCCAGCAGCUCAUCGCCUCCAGGACCCCUCCAGAUGUACCAGCCACGUUCCUCCAGUUUCUCAAGGGGCUCUGACAGACUAUCUACCCACUCUGUGCCUCUGGAUGGCCUGGCUCUCGCUCUGGGGCCCAGCAUGGAGGUCAGAAGGGAGGGUGGUGGAGGAGGAACAGCAGGCUCAAGGGGCUCCAGCUCUAGUCAGGCCUCCAGCGGGAACCUGUCAGAUGGAGGCAGGCAGCCGACACCAGAUGCCCCAUGUCCCAUCAAGAGCAGCGGUAGCUUUAAGGCAAAACCUGAGCUGAAGCCGCGGCCCUUCAUGGGGGUCAUGGACAAAGCAGUGCGGGUCCAGGGGCAGCAGACCUCCGGUCUAAGCCGACAGGGGCAGGGAGGAGGAGGAGGGGCAGAGAGUUUCAGUAUGUCGGUCAUGGAGUUCCAAGGGCUGAACAAUGAGUUCAAACGCGCCUCAUUCCAGGAGCAGCUCUCUGGAAGCCAGCAGCAGGGCAGGGAGUUUGGUGAACGUUCCCACCAGCGAGACACCAGAGGCACUUCGUCGUCCCAGCUACGCUUCCCAGAAGGGAGGCACAGACAGACGAGCCUUACGAGAGACAACCCAGCUCUGCAUAUGGCUCCCAUAAAACCCAAGCGCUCAUUUAUAGAGUCCAACGUCUGAAUAUAAUUAAUCCAAGCACAGAUACAGGCGGUUUUUAACAUGCUAUGUUCCAUUUAAGGUAGCAAGGGAGACUGGUCUGAGAGCAGCUCCCUUCCCUGAGCCUGUUUUGUAGAUUUAUGCUGCUGCACUGCAUUUACAAUCUAGAACCAGUGUUCAACUCAGGCUACUAUGCUUUGCUUACAUGUAUACAGCUUAACUAGAGUAUUCAAGAAAGCCAGUAAUACCUUAAGUAGGGAUUUUAAAAAAUUACAUAGUAUAAUGUCUCAGCUUUUAAUUAAUUAUAUGAAAUAUAGAAGUCAGAGAAAGCUUUGUGCACGAAUAUACAAAACCUUAUGCUAUUAGGUGCAGGAUAUGACCAUUUCUAUUGUCAAGUGUCUUUUAAAAACAUUUAUAUUUGUACUGUGUACACUAUAUUUGCAGAUUAUAUUUCCUUGUAAGUGAUAUUCUGUCAGCAUUACAGGCUUCAAAAGAAGUAACUUUGUGUACUUGAGAUCCUCUUUCUGGGUACAUUUGAUUUAAAAAAAAAGGCUCUGU